AUACCUCCUUCAGCUGCGGACUCUUUGUCGCUUACUGCACAGCUCAAUGGCAAUCCAAUGCUAAAUGGACACGCACCAGAAAGUAACGACAGCUCACCGGCCUCUGAGCGGCUACAAAUCAUCAAUGAUGAAAAGAAUUUCACAACCUACUUGACAUCUCAGAUAGAACGAUGGGGUCUUCGUGACGCCGGCUUCAAUUAUAACAUAGUAGCUGUCUUUGGGUCGCAGUCUACCGGGAAGAGUACACUGCUAAACAGACUAUUUGGUACUACUUUCGACGUCAUGAAUGAGACCAGACGACAGCAGACUACGAAAGGUAUUUGGAUGUGCCGAGGGGAAGACAUGGGUGUCAUGGUUAUGGACGUGGAAGGCACGGAUGGACGAGAACGUGAAGAGGACCAGGACUUCGAGCGCAAUUCCGCUCUUUUCUCCCUUGUUUCAUCAGAAGUACUUCUCAUCAACCUUUGGGAGCACCACGUUGGCUUCUACCAGGGUGCAAACAUGGGUCUUCUGAAGACCGUAUUUGAGGUUAACCUUGGUCUGUUCGGAAAGAAAGCUCACGACGGUUCUCAAGGGCGUACUCUGUUGCUAUUCGUAAUUCGAGACCAUAUUGGUGUCAUUCCCCUCGCGAACCUCCAAACUACCCUCACUGCCGACCUCACGAAAAUAUGGGAUUCCCUUUCUAAACCACAGGACCUUCAGAAUCGUCGACUUUCGGAUUACUUCGACCUCUCAUUCACAGCACUACCCCACAAGAUUCUCGCUGCAGAUCAAUUCGAGGCUGAAGUUCAAGAACUGCGGAAACGAUUUGUGGAUAAAAAAAGGGAUGAUUUUAUUUUCAAGCCUGCUUACCAUAAGCGAAUUCCCGCUGAUGGCGUGGCGUUCUACAUGGAAAACAUAUGGCAACAAGUACAAACGAACAGGGACCUUGAUCUGCCUACGCAACAGGAACUCCUUGCACAAUUCCGAUGUGACGAGAUAUCCUCCGUUGCACUCUCACACUUCACUGAACAGUCGAAGUCGCAACGGAGACCCAUUGAGGCAGGUCACGUGGUAGGUUUCGGUGAUUUGAUGCGAAAUUGGAGGUCUCAAGCACUCAGCCGCUACGACUGCGAUGCAUCUCGCUAUCACCAAGGGGUGUACCAGCGGAAGCGUACCGACCUUCUUGGGGUUCUUAAUUCGACGCUUUCUCCCCUCUUCCUUGGGCAGCUCAAGAACUUGCACAAGUCAUGCCUCAGCUCCUUUAAAAAGGAGCUGCUUCACGGCUUGUGCGGUGAGGAGUAUGACUUUGCAGACGUGAUUGGCGAGGCGCGGACAAAGUGCGAGACACUGUUUGCAGACGGUGCGACAGAGGUCUCGCUGGAGGACACUGACUGGACAUGGCAGGACGAACUCGAGUCUCUCAGAGAGGAGAUUGGUAAUGUGGCUGACCAGUGCAGGAAGGAUGAGACGAAGAAGAUGGCGAACCUGAUUGAAAGGAACUUCAAAAAUCAAAUCUCUGAACCCGUUGGCAUCAGUCUCAACAAAGCUACUCCUGACAUGUGGGAUAAGGUCUUGAGCACGUUCAAACAAACGCUUGAGAAAGCCGAGUCGACCUAUCUAGCAAAGGCGAGAAGCUUAAACUGUACGGAUGAUGAGAAUGCUACGUCCCUCGCUGCCCUGCGGAAACGUGCCUGGCUUGUUCUACGGGAAAAGAUCGACGAGCAGACUACUGAUAUUGUUAUCCUCGGCAAGCUACAGGCUCAUUUCGAAGAGCGUUUCCGCUAUGGUGAAAAUGCUGUGCCUGGAGCCUGGAGACCAGACGAUGAUAUUGAUGGGGCCUUCCAGACAGCCAAGGACCAGACGAUGGACCUCAUUCCCCGCUACGCCAAGAUCGCUCCCGUUGAUCCUUCCCUUGAAUUCACACUGCCCUCUGAAACCUCUGAUCCCCUCAAUUCCACCGAUGAAUUUAAUUUCCCCUCAACGCUCGUCGUCUUCACUGAGACAAAGUCUCUUGACCUUGCUUCUCGCUUCCGAAAGGAUGCGGAUGCAUACUAUGUCGAAGCGAAGCGCAGCACUGUCUCGAGUAUUGCACGAAUUCCGUCCUGGAUCCUCGUGCUUUAUCGGAAAUUUGCAAGAUCGGUUGCAAUGCUGUUAUC